AUGAGUCGUCGCCUCUUGCGCGUGCGGACCCUUGCCGUCGCGGCCCUCUUUCUACUUAUCCUCUGGUUCUAUUUUCCCUUCGCCCGCGAUACCGGCAGCGAGUCUGGGCGCCUUGCCCAAUACAUGAACAGAGCUUCGCCCAGGAUAAAACCCUUGAAGAGUACCAUUGACUGGGCAGCUAUCAAUUUCCAGUUCCCGGUCGCGAGGACACCAGCGGUGCCACCGGUCAAGCCGCACACGCGACUGCCACAUAUACAACAUGCCUUCGACCGCGAAAGUCCCGACGACGCUAUCAAGCGCAACCUGCGGCGGGAUGAGGUACGCAAGACCUUCAAGAAGAGCUGGGCAAGCUACAGACAGUACGCAUGGAUGAAAGACGUCUUGAAACCAAUCUCCGGUACCAGCGCUGACCAAUUCUGCGGCUGGGCGGCGACGUUGGUGGAUUCGUUGGAUACACUUUGGAUAAUGGGCAUGAGAGAAGAGUUCUACGAGGCAGCCAAGGCCGUCGCGCGGAUAGACUUUGGCUUUUCGACAAGCGGACGAGUAAACAUUUUCGAGACGAACAUUAGAUAUCUGGGAGGGCUGCUGGCAGCUUAUGAUCUCAGUGGGCAUGAGGCGCUCAAGUUCAAAGCCAUUGAGAUUGGAAACCUGCUCUAUGGUGGUUUUAACACAGAGAACCACAUGCCGGUAGACUUCAUCGACUUUGAAACUGCAAAAACCGGGCAAGGUCUUGAAGUCGAAGACUAUGUCGUCUCAGCCUCGCCAGGUACGCUUACGAUGGAGUUCACCCGGCUGUCACAAAUCACAGGGGAUCCAAAAUGGUACGCUGCAGUGGCAGAGGUCAUGGAGGUCUUUCGUGACACUCAGAAUACGACCCUACUGCCAGGCAUGUGGCCUAUGUUCGUCUCGAUGCGCCGCAAGGACAUGGCUUCCAACUACCAAUUCUCCAUUGGCGGCAACGCAGAUUCCCUAUUCGAAUACCUUCCUAAACAAUACCAACUCCUAGGUGGUGCCGAACCAAAAUACAUGUGGAUGUCCCGGACAUUCAUGGACACUGCAAAAAAGAACCUCUUUUUCCGACCUAUGACCCCGGACAACGCCGAUAUCUUGUUAUCUGGCAAUAUAGAUGUCCUAGAUGACGGUCCGCAUCUUGACCCUGAAAGUGAACAUUUGUCUUGUUUCAUCGGUGGGCUUUAUGCGCUUGGUGGCCGACUGUUCGAGAACGAGGAUUACAUCGAGACUGGGGCCCGCCUCACCCGUGGAUGCAUCUGGGCCUAUCACGCGAUGCCGACUGGUGUUAUGCCCGAACGAUAUAAUGUGAUCAAGUGUGAGAGCCGCUUGAAUUGCAAAUGGGACGAAGCAAAAUGGAAAGAGGAAAUACAACAGAAGAAGCAGUACAAGGAUCAUUUACCCAAAGGCUUUACGACGGCCAAAGACCCACGAUAUAUUCUGCGACCAGAGGCUAUCGAAAGUGUGUUCGUGCUCUAUAGGAUAACGGGAAGAAGAGAGUUCCAGGAUGCUGCAUGGGAAAUGUUCCAAGCAGUCAGAGACGUGACAAGCACGCAAUUCGCUGCCGCAGCGAUCAAGGAUGUGACUGUACCAAAGGACAAGGUGGAGAGGGAGGACUACAUGGAGAGCUUCUGGUUGGCGGAAACACUAAAGUACUUCUAUCUUGUCUUCUCCCCACCUGACCUUAUAAGUCUCGACGAAUACGUUCUGAAUACUGAAGCGCACCCCUUCAAGCGAGCAAGAUGA